AUGCCACCGAGGGUGACGGCGCCUCUAGAAAGAGAAGCGGCAGCACGGCUGAGAGAGGGAGAGGAUGGAGGAGAGCGACAAGAGGAGGCGCGUGGGCUUGGGAAGAGAGAAAGGGGUGCAGCAGAAGCAGGGAAUGCAGCAAUAUCAGGGAAUGCAGCAAUAUCAGGGAAUGCAGCAAUAUCAGGGAAUGCAGAAGAGACGGCGAAUGCAGCAGGAAGCGUGGGAGCGGAGAGGAGGAGGGGAGAGGGGAGGAGGAGGAAGUCGGAGGAAGGUGGGCCGAUGGUGGUCACUCUGAGACUGAGAGGAGCUCGGCAGGAAAGACAAGGCGCUGGUGCCCCUGGGAUUCAGAUUCAGCGGCAGCCGUCGCCGCAGCAGCAGGAGUGGCAGCAGCAGCAGCAGCGGCAGGCGCAGUGUGGGUUACAGGAGCAGCCAGAUCAAACGGAGAGAUUAGAGCCUGGUUCGUCUUUUGAGGCGCCUCAAGAGCCAGGUGCGCUGCCUGGGGUGGACGUGUCUGGGCUUCAGGCGAUAGGGGCGAGGCGGAAACGGGAAGGGAGGAGGAAGGGCCGCGGGGAGGAGGCGCAGGGGGGAUUUGAGGGGGUAAAGGGGAGGGUUGAGAAGAGGGUUGAGGGGAUAAGUGCAAGUGAGGCGGAGGUUAGGUGUGGGAAAGGAGAGGGGAAAGAUGGAGGGGGUGUUCGUGCUGGUGUUGCUCUUGCUGCCGCCACUCUCCCGUCCACUCUCCCAGACCCCUCCCUCCUUGGGGAUUCCCCUGCAGCCGCAGCAAGGAGAAGGCAGCAGCAGAGACGGCAGCAGCAGCUUCAGGAGGAGCGGUAUACUGUACUUGAAGCAGAAUGUAACGAGGAUGAGAAGCUUUUUAGAAGCGCUGACGUCGGCACUAGAGCGGCUGCAGUUGGUAGGGACGGGAAAGAAGGUGCAAACCUUGAUGUGGGAAUUGAGCUGGAUGAAGGUGGGGGUGAUAGUUCAUUUGAAGGGGAACAAAGGCAGCAGAGGGAGCAGAGGCAGCAUAGGAAGCAGCGGGAGCAUAGGAAGCAGAGGGAGAUGGUGAUUCAUGAUGAGCAAAUGGGGGAUCCUUGGGAGUUGGAAGCGGGUGAAGGGGCGCUCUUACAUGCUGGUAGUAGGGAGAAGCAGGGGCAGCAGCAGAGGCAGGAAGAGAAGCAGACGCAUGCUCGCAAAAAGGAGCAAGAAGAGGGGGAGGAGAAAAGGGAGAGGAAAGAAAAGGGGAGGAAAAGGCGAGUUAGUGAAGAAGAUGUGAUAGGGCGGAAGCGAGGAAGGGGCAUGGAGGAGGCGUCGAUUGUGGUGAGAGGGAGGGCUAGAGGGGCAGCAGGAGAAGGGGUGGACGAGGGAAGGCAGGCAAGAGAGCCAGAAGAGGCGAAGGGGGAGGCAAGAGUGACCAGGAGUAGGGCUGCCAGAGCAGAUGAGCAAGGGCAGAAGAAGGAGCAGGUUUAG